AUGACUCCAACACCGCCCUCUACAAACUCCUCCACGGGCAAAGGAUCCCCGGAAGACCAGUUUCGUAUUGUCCGCAAGAGAAACCGCGUACCGCUGAGCUGUUAUCCCUGCAGGACAAGAAAGAAAUGCGACCGAAACCACCCUUGCAGCAAUUGCACCAAGCGGGAGGGCAUGGACACCACAUCCUGCUCCUACGCAGCCCCUGCCUCCCGCAAGAAGAGUCAAAACCAGGGUGACUCUAGCCCUGACGACAUGCAAAAUAGGAUAGAUAGGCUUGAGGGCCUUGUACUGUCUUUAAUGCAUAAUGGCGCAAACGUCGACACGAACGCCCCGCGCACCAGCGUAUCUACCUCACAUUCAGUCACUGACAGUGGCUCCUCAGCUCGGGUAGCCCGUGAGGAGGAAGCUGCCAUGGUCGAUGACGACAGCGACGUGGAUGAUCACCUUGCCAAGUCUAUUGGUGUUCUCAAGGUUGACGCUGACAGAGGAAAGUCGAUGUAUAUUGGCCAGGAGCACUGGCAUUUGAUUCUCGCGGACAUUGCAGAGGUCAAAAAUUAUUUUACAAACCACAAAAAGGAGCUGGAAACAAGCUACGAAAAAGUCAGAUCAUCAAAACCCGCUACCGCCCGAGAAGGCCCAACACUGCUUUUAGGCGCAUCGCCUGCCUCCGAGGUAGAACUCCGGGCUGAGCUGCCGCACAAAUCGAGUGUUCUGGCAUUGUGCAGUCGCUACUUUAAUUCCAUGGACAAUGCUGUCAGCAUAAUUCACGGCCCUACGUUUUUGCAGCAACUCCGCAACCACUGGCAAGACCCGUCAAAAACACCCAUCAUGUGGCUCGGGUUGCUAUACUCAAUAUUGUGUUUAGCCAUGUUGAGUUAUCACAAGGUCGGAGACGAGCCGCCUGAGUGGCGAGGCAGGACAUUGGAACUUGCGGCAGAGUACAGACUGCGGACUGUGCAGUGCCUGAUGAAGGCCGAUUAUACCAAACCUGUAGAGUAUACUGUGGAGACUAUGUUGCUCUACGUUUUUGGCGAAUACUCGUCGCGCUGGGACGCGGACCUUGGUCUGUGGAUGAUUGUGUCCUUGAUCAUCAGAAUAGCCUUCCGGAUGGGCUAUCACCGAGACGCAAAAUGGUUUCCGUCCCUGACGCCCUUCCAAGCGGAAAUGAGACGAAGAACCUGGGCGUUGGUCCGUAUGGCUGACGUUGUCUUCUCGCAUCAAGUUUCACUGCCGAAUAUGAUUUACGAUCACGACUGUGACACUCAACUGCCAAACAAUAUAUAUGAUGACGAGUUUAACCCCGAUACAAAGCAGUUGCCUCCUUCGCGACCCAUUACCGAAGCAACUCCGGUCUCGUAUAUGAUUGCAAAGGCGAGGUUAUGUAUUGAGCUCGGCAGUAUCUUGCAGGCAACAAACAGGGUGGACAAGGGGGUGCCAUACGAUGAAAUUAUUCGUUUUGAUGCCAAACUCCGGCAGGUCAUGCAAGAAUUGCCUCCACAUCUGAAAAUCGGUCCUCUCGCUGGUUCUCGUGACCCGGUCACGCUGAUUAUUGCCAGAUUCAAUAUUGACAUUCUGUUUCAGAAGAUUAUGUGCUUGUUACAUCGAAAGUAUAUUUCUAGGGCAAGGCAAAACCCCCGGUACGCACACUCAAGGAGAAGUGCCAUCGAGGCGUCAUUGCAAGCCAUGGAGCACUUGCAAACGUUGCACCGUGAGUCGCAAAGCAACGGUCGGCUGCGAACCGUCAGCUGGUACGUCAAGUCGAUUGCAACCAAGGAAUUCAUUCUUCCAGCCAUGCUCAUCGUUCUGGACCUGCACUACGAUAACCUCGCUGAGCAGUCUGGGUUGGCCGAAGAUGCCGAAGGUUCAUUCCGCUGGUCUCCAGAGCAGAGGGCCAGGAUGAUUAGCACGCUGGAAGAUGCCGCCAUCAUCUGGAAGAGCCUUGCAGAUGGCUCAAUGGAAGCCUUUAAGGCAUCCAAGACGAUUGAAAUUAUGCUUCAGAAGAUACAGAAUCCAUCAAAGGACCUGAAUGGGCCAUCUACCACGCAAAGCGACCCAUUGUCAACAGCGGCAGCAAACUCAGGAGUAGACCCGGCUCUUGCAUCGCUUGGGGCGGGAACAAUCUCACCUGAUGGGCUGAGUGAUUUCAGCACUGGAUUGAGUCCAUUCAACAACACCAACAGUAGUGCAUUCAUGGGGAUGGAGUUCAGCCUCCCCGCGCCAAACCUGGCCGAUUUCGCAGGGGACGGAAUGAAUUUCAUGGGCGCUCAAUCACCAUUGUCAAUGUUCACCAAUAUAGGCGGAAACACUGGAGCUGGUCCGGACUUGACCACAAACUUCGAUUGGGGUGCUUUUGAGAAUUAUGCUCAAGCGGCCAAUUGGGGUGCAGACCAGAGCUUUCAAGUAUAUGGAGGGGGAGAUUCAAACGACCCAGAAACGAAUAUGAUGAAUUCCCAGUAG